CACUGCGCUACUGUAUAAUAAGAAGGGUAGGUCGCCUAUCUGCGUGGAACUACUAUUCCCAGAAUGCAAUUGCUGGUCUUUCUUUCCGGAAAACAUCCGCUCAGGAUGGACACACAUGAACUCAAAAGGGUUGGAGAGGGAGAUGCGGAGAAACACGAACCGAAUGAGAACAACGUUUGUUCACUUACUCUGGGUCCGGGGUUGAUGUUGGAUGGUUCCACGGUAGCCUCUCGUUUUCUGCACGUAGAGUUGGAGCUGAACGUUCACCUUCGCCGGCUCUCGUUCAGUGAGCCCGUGCACUACAUCUACAACCCGCUGGAGUAUGCCUGGGAACCGCACCGCUGCUUCGUUGAGACUUACUGUCGUGGCGGACAGAGUAUUCUCUUCCUGGGGAUGAACCCGGGACCCUUCGGCAUGGCUCAGACCGGGGUACCCUUUGGUGAGGUAAACUAUGUCCGUGAUUGGCUGAAAAUCACUGGGGAGGUUGGACAUCCCCCUUCGGAGCACCCAAAGCGACUAAUCAAAGGCCUGGCCUGCAUUCAGAGCGAAGUGAGUGGCUCCCGUUUCUGGGGCUUCUUCCGCAAGCUGUGUGGUGAGCCAGAUGUGUUCUUCCGCCAUUUUUUUGUACAUAACCUGUGCCCACUUAUGUUCAUGGGUACCACCGGCAAGAACUUAACACCCCCCGAGCUAGUCAUUGGGGAACGUGAGGCCCUCCUGGCUCUCUGUGACAUGGCACUGUGCCAGGCUGUGGCUGCCCUUGGCGUCACCAUGGUGAUUGGGGUUGGCAGAGUGGCAGAGCAGCGAGCGCGGCGAGCCCUCACUGCGGCGGGCAUGGAGGUACGGGUGGAGGGCAUCAUGCACCCAUCCCCCAGGAACCCGUUGGCCAAUAAGGGCUGGGAGGCAGUAGCUAAGGCCAAGCUGGAGGAACUGGGUGUCCUAUCCCUGCUGACCAUGUGACCUCUAGCUAAUCAGCCUCCAUGAGCGAAUACUGUAUUUGCUGUAUGCUGGCCUGGGGGUAUAAGUUGCCCGCUGGCACAGAUCUAGGGUCAGCUUACCCUUCCCAAAUCUUAACCUUCAUCUUUAGGGGGAAGAACACAUCACCCAGGCCCUCUCACACAGCAGUCCCUGUUGAGCAGCAGUUCCCCUCCAGAGCUCCCCUCCAGGCCAUGCGGAGAAAUACUGCAUCACAAUUUAUUUAAUUUUUUUAUUUCUUUAUUUUUCACCUUUAUUUAACCAGGUAGGCUAGUUGAGAACAAGUUCUCAUUUGCAACUGCGACCUGGCCAAGAUAAAGCAUAGCAGUGUGAACAGACAACACAGAGUUACACAUGGAGUAAACAAUGACUCUCCUCAGAUGCUGUUAUAUCCAUUACAGAAAAGAGACAUUAUGUCUAUAUGUACUUUACUGUGGUGUGUACUGCCUCACAGCAUGUCGACAGGUACUCAUCUCUGACCUUUGUAAGGACAUUCUGUAGCAUAUUACCUGGAAAUAGUUCCAGAGACUGUAAUGAAGAAAUUAAACGUUUUUAAAAUUAUAUCAUUUACAACAAUUAUAAGAUUAAAGAUUUUCAGGAUUACAGUAGAUACUGUAAUAGGUUUAGGAGGAGCUUGCCUUAGGUCUUUUAACAGCUCUGUUGCUAUCAGACUCUGGUGAUGUAACUGACCAGUUAGUCUAGAAUAGGAUUUAGUUUGUUCUUCAGAGUUAUUUCCACUGUUAAAUGACAAUGUGUUGUAAUUUGUUAACAAGAAAAAUAAGUCAUGUUGCAGUAGUUUUAUUUUAUUUUCUUCUCUGUCUCAACAGUGGUUUGCAAAUUUGGAGUGAAUGUGGGCUAGUUUUCUGUCCCAUUGUAACAACAUUGCUAAAGCAAUGUUUUUCAUUUGGUCAAUUUAGUACGUUCAAGCCAACCAUUGUUGCUUGGCUGAUGAUUUAUGCAUGCGCAUGCCCUGUCCUUACCUGUUACUUCUUAGCAGGUCUUAAUGUGUUGACAUCUUAUCAUUACUACUAAAAAAAAUUCUGACCUUCAAGGUCCUAAACCCACAUUACUGCAUAGCUAGGUAUAAAGCCAUCUCUAUAAUGUUUGUACUGGGACGAAGCCCCAAUAGGUCAUGCAUAAUUAGAAGAAGCCCUUGACAUACAUGGCACUCAAAUGGUCUUGCGCCGUUAUACCACUCAGCUCUGCAGGAGGUUAAGCUUGUAAUGGAAAAGGGACUAAAGUGUUCCCCUUGCAGGUUUCUCUCCGAUGAUGCUUCCUCCCUUACACAACAUUCUGUACACCUCAGGCAAAAUUCCACAGGUCAGGUGAUCAAGCUUUCUGUGUGCCACUCCAUGUGUGAACCUAAAUCAGGUGGUCCCUUAAUAAGAAUGAUCAUUUUAGAAAUUCAUGGAAUUAAUCUUAUGCUAUUGCCUUGUAAUGCACUUUAGUGUGUACCUGAUGUUAGUGUUUUAAAAAAUAAACUCAUUAAACAAAAGAAAUGUC